AUGGCGCCGCCGGCGGCGCUGCGCCUCACCGAGUCGCCGCCGGACGAGCUCAUCGAGGAGAUCCUCCUCCGCCUCCCUCCCGACGAGCCGUCGUGCCUCCUCCGCGCCUCGCUCGUCUGCAAGCCCUGGCGACGCAUCAUCUCGCACCGCAGCCGCAAGGCCGUAAAAGACUUCGCCGCCACCACAGGCUCAGCCUUCUCCCUCGCCGUCCCAGGUGACUACCUGGCCCUCGACUACCGCCAUGGCCGCGCGCUUCUCCUCGACAUGGUUCCGGGUUGGGGUGAGCUCGUGCUGUGGGAUCCAAUCAGUGGCGACCAGGAGCGCGUGCCGGUGCCAGAGGCGAUGUGGGACAACACGUUCCAGGGAGACAACCCAACCGCAGCCAUUGUCUGUGCGGCGGCCGGGUGCGACCACCGCGGCUGUCACGGUAGGAGGCCAUUUCACUUGGUGAUGGUCUACCAGAACGGCUACCAAGACGAGGAGUAUCUGGAGUGGAUCACAUGGGCGUGCUCCUACUCGUCGGAGACCGGCGAGUGGGGCGACGUGAGGUGGAUCCAAAUUUCGGCUGUGGACUUCAGACUCCACACCACCAGCGUGCUCGUAGGGGACUCUCUGCUCUACUUCCUGUCCGAUCGUGGAACAAUCAUCGAGUACGACUUGGCCGGGGAGGAUGCUACCACCAUCUCACCCCCGGAGUUCGAGGGGUACGGUUCAGUGGCCCUCAUUCUCACCAAGGACGGUGGAUUAGGAGUUGCUGAAUUUUCUCCAAACUUAAUAGUGUGA